AUGGAUGUCUAUGACAAGCUGUGGGACGAUAAUAAGGAUAUUGCUGAGAAGACAUUGCAUGUGCCAUUUCUAGAGCACAUGCAAAUGGGGGACCUCCAGGCAGACAACUAUGUCAACUUCAUGAUCCAGGACAUCAAUUAUCUCCAGAAGGUCACAGACAUGUUGCAGAAGAUGAGUGAGGAGGUGAUCUGCCCUGAUGACCUCAAAGAGUUCAUGAAGAAGAGAUUUGAAAGCUACAGGGGAUAUGCUGCUGCAACACUAAAAAAAUUCAACCUCAAAGGUGUGUCAGACAUUAUCCCGACCGAGGUCAUGGAGAAGUACCUGUCAGAUUACAGAGCCAUUAUCGAGAAGGAUAAGGACCCCAUUUACUUUGCCGUGGCGCUCCUUCCCUGCGUGAGGCUCUGGCUGUGGCUGGCCAAUCAGCUCAAGGAGGGCUACGGCAACGCGUACUUCACCUGGAAGAAGGAUAACAUGCACGGCCACCCGGAAGAACACUACAAAGCGCUGCUCGACAAGUAUCUGACCACCUCAGAGCAGAUUGAACGGGCCAAUAACAUCUUCCGCCAACAAAUGCAGCAUGAGCAUGAUUUCUUUGAAGACUCACUCAAAGAGUAG